UCCCCUCUUUUUGUUAAUCCAACGACUGGUUAAGGAAGAAAUCAAAAAGAUAUGCAACAGCUUACAAGCUUCGUAGUCGGGCUUCUUUUUUUUAUGCAUGCCCUAGGCGAGUUUACCAUACAUGCUCAUCAAGGUAAAAAAGUGCUUUCAGUUACCGGAAAUGGACCAUCUGAUCAACAGGAAAUAACCGAGCAUGGAAUUUCAAUAGCUGGGUCAAGGAUGGUGGGGCUUGGAGGAAGAAAAAUGGUGGCACACAAAGUGUUUAGGAAGUUAGAGCCUGCAAGAGCAGUUGGGCCGAAUGGAGAUACCCGUACUACAUCAACGAAUUCAGGUAAGGAAAGUGCUUAUGCUUGUGAAGAGACUACAAAGUAUGAUGAAACUGAUGAUCUUAAGUUGACAGAGGAAACAAGAAGGCUUCUUAAGGCAACAAGAGAGGCAUUAAACCUGAUGACUAAAGAUUAUCAGGGAAGAGAUCGGCGCCGCAAACCGCCCAUAAACAAUCAUGAGCCACAGCAUUGAGACUGACUCGAUCUCGAAACCGGCCAGUUUAAUUAUAUAGUGAUCGGGCCCCUAUAGCUAGCUAGUCUAUAUAUAGAAUACUGGUGUGUGCUUCUUUAAUUGAUUUGUUUUCUUUUCAUAUAAUCACGCUUAGGAGCUAUAACAAGUAGUGUUGUGUACAUUAAGUGUGCCUUCAUACAGCUGCCCCUCUGCUAAUAAUUUGUAGUUAGACUUGUUCUGUGAAGUAAUGAUAUCAUAAUGCUGCUAAUUAAGUUAAAUUUGUGUC